AUGUCGGAUAAGAACAAGAAGAACAUAUACAGUGACAUCGUCCACAUGUCUCAUGGCAUUCAAAGGCACAACGGAUGCCGAUACAUCUGCGAGAGCUGUGGCAAAGGAUUUCCUGUAUUCAACGAGUUAAACAUACACAAAGUCACUCGGCACGGUACAGGGCAAUAUGUCGAAUGUAACCACUGCCAAUACAAAGCACCGUGCAAAUUUAAGUUAAUCGAACACUUGAGACUGCAUACCGGCGAGCGGCCUUUCACGUGUGAAAAGUGCGGACUGACCUUCCGUCGUCGAGCCAUUUGGAAGAAGCAUUUGGUUCAUCACUCUGAGAAAACUUUUCAAUGUCAGCAGUGUCCGAAGAAGUUUUACCGCUUGUCAAGUCUUAAAGAGCACAUGAAUAACGUACAUGAUCGCUUAUAUAUGUUCUCGUGUACUAAAUGUGGAUGCCUGUACGCCAAAACCAGAACAGUUCGGAGACAUUUAUUAGAAAAACAUGGUAUUCCUCGAGAAUUGCAGGGCAAGAUCUUAAGGGUCAUGAAAGGGGGUAACAAUGAUUUUGGUGCUAAAUAA